UGCGUGUUUCACACGCGGCGUUACUAUGGUAACGGUAAACAGUCUCGAACUGAAGCUUUUCCUUUGGGACUGCAGCUGCUCCCUCGUCUCUGUUCGUUAAUCUCUAGUUUAUCAUGUCAGACGUUGGCUCUGAAGAGUUUGACGACGAGCAAGGCUCUCUAGGGGAGUAUGAGGGAGACAGAAAUGAAGCUGGAGAGAGACAUGGACAGGGCAAAGCUGUUCUGCCGAAUGGAGACACUUAUCAAGGAGCUUAUGAAAACGGCAAAAGAUGUGGCCAGGGGACAUAUAAGUUCAAGAAUGGGGCCAGAUACAUUGGAGAAUGGUACAUGAAUUUAAAACAUGGACAGGGUGUAUUUUAUUACCCAGAUGGCUCCAAAUAUGAAGGAAGCUGGGUGGAUGACCAGCGACAGGGUCAUGGUGUUUACACGUACCCCAAUGGAGACACAUAUGAUGGUGAAUGGCUGCACCAUCAACGACAUGGGCAGGGUACAUAUACACAUCACGACACUGGCUCUCAGUACAUGGGCACAUGGAUCAUGGGAAAGAUGGAGUCCGUCGGGGAGCUGAUCCAUCUGAACCACAGAUAUCAGGGCAACUUUGUCAAUAAUAAUCCCUCUGGUCCAGGGAAAUAUGUGUUUGACAUUGGGUGUGAGCAGCAUGGAGAGUAUCUCCAGAUAGAGCAGGACAAAGGAGAAGCAGAGGAAGAUGAGCCUGUCAUAUCCACUACCUUGAAGUGGAAACCCAAGGCAGUUACUGGGCUUUCUGUUUGGACCAGUGAGAAGGAUUCUGUCACCUCGGUACGUUGAACUGAAGUACUGUGGUGGCUGUGGUGGAAGAGUGAGAAAGACAGACCCCCAAAAGAAGAAAGAAGAUCUCCGGUUAAAUAUAAUUACACAUAUCUGACAGUCAGUUCUCAUGUUUAGCGAUAAUGAGAUCCUGUAUCAGCCUAAAAGAAUAUAUUUUACAACGAUAAUCUUCUGACUGUACAUUAUCAUGAUUAUUACAUGGCCUCUUAAAUAAAUAAAUAAGCAAAUAAAUAAAUAGACAUGAAGUAUUUGA